GUGACGGCAAAAAAAUUAAUAAGCAAUUCAUCAAGUUCUUUGUUGGCUUCCUGUAAUGCGGUUUAGCACAGCCACAUGUAGAGCUGACAGAAAGCGGUGUCUAUCGGUGUAGAGAGUCUAGCAACUAUCAGGCGUUCAAACACAAUGAAGUUAAGACUUCUUCUCCUAUGGACUGUGCUUUCCUUCUCUGGAAAUAGUGCACUAGCACAGACAGUUCCUACUGCUGUCCUCAGCCCAGAAGGCUUCAAUGCAAGUCUAGGAUCCACUGUCACCUUCACUUGCAUCAUUAAUGGCACAGAGGAUGUUCUGUGGAUAGUAGACGGAAUCUCAGAUCCCACAGUGCAACGUCAGAGGGGGAUUACUCAAAACAGUACAGUUGGACAACCUGACGGAAGUUUUAUCUCUCGCAUUCAUAUUUCAUCCACAAUGGAGAAUAAUGGUAUUGAGAUUUUAUGCCGUGCAAUAGGGAUGUUCAAUGGACAAAGCGAAACAGUCACUCUAUUGAUCCAAGGACCGCUGAGCUCACCAACACCUCUCAAUAUUUUGGACUCAGGGGGAUCUACGCAGAGAUUGAGCUGGACACCACAACCAACAAUAGACCUCACCGAUAUCCAUCCAGACGUCAGCUACAAUGUUUGCUCUUCAAUCUUGAAUGAGGUGUCUUGCAAUGAUUUCCAAGGAACAGAAUUGUUAUUUGUAAACGUCAGAAUUGGGAUUGAGUUUUCUGUUGCCGCAGUUAAUGUGCUUGGUGAAAGCAAUGCUAGCACUAUCAAUCAUGAGCCUUGUGACUCUACAACAGCACCUACUCAAGUUGAUGGAGAUGUUGUUACAAGUGAUACGUCUCUGCAAUCUAGUGGGACUACUCCUUCUGUUACUUUCUCCUUUGAAAAAGGAAGUGGAGAUUCCAACUGUUAUAACCUGUAUCGGAUUGAAGCAUCACCGUCCAAUCAAGGCACUCCCCUCACCCAGGGACCAAUGUUCCCAACAGUGAGUGGAGGGGGGGACAUUUCUGUUAGUGUGACUUCUGGCCUUGUGAGAAACACGGUCUACAGCGUCAACAUUGUAUCAGUGAACGUCAAUGGAGAAAAUUCCUCAAUGGGAGACAUACAAUUCAGUGCCUAUGAUGUCCAGUCUAUUCAGGGUUCUACUCGCCCUGGGGCGAUAGCCGUCACAUGUAGUUUCACAAUUGGCUCAGUAGCAAGUAGUUGUAUUGUGAGGAUAUGUGAGGUUGUCAAUGGAAACGUAUCACCGAUGUGUCAAAAUCUCUCUGUUCCGAGAAAUCUUUCCGCUCCUGAAACAACUCAAGAGCUUAAUAAUAUACAGCCAGGUAUCUAUGCGAUUAUAGGUGUCACAGUGAAUAGUGGUGGAGAAAUGAUUCCUUUCACUAGUGGAGAUUUGAGGUUCCUUCAGCUUCAGAACAUAAACAUUACAGUUGGACUGCUGAGUUCUCCAACACCUCUCAAUAUUUCCGACUCAGAGGGACCUACUCGGAGAUUGAGCUGGACACCACCACCAACACUAGAAGUCAUCAGCCACUACAAUGUUUGCUCUUCAAUCUUGAAUGAGGUGUCUUGCAAUGAUGUCCAAGGAACAGAAUUAUCAUUUUUAAACAUCAGAAUGGAGAUUGAGUUUUCUGUUGCCGCAGUUAAUGUGGUUGGUGAAGGCAAUGCUAGCACUAUCAAUCAUGAGCCUUGUGACUCUACAACAGCACCUACUCAAGUUGAUGGAGAUUUUGUUACAAGUGAAAUCUCUCUGCAAUCUAAUGGGACUACUCCCUCUGUUACUUUCUCCUUUAGAAAAGGAGAUGUAGAUUCCAACUGUUUUAACCUGUAUCGGAUUGAAGCAUCACCAUCCAAUCAAGGCACUCCCCUAACCCAGGGAACAAUGAUCCCAACAGUGAGUGGAGGGGAGGACAUUUCUGUUAGUGUGACUUCUGGCCUUGUGAGAAACACGGUCUACAGUGUCAACAUUGUAUCAGUGAACGUCAAUGGAGAGAAUUCCUCAAUGAGAGACAUACAAUUCAGUACCUAUGAUAUUCAGUCUAUUCAGAGUUCUACUCGCCCUGGGACAAUAGCCGUCACAUGCAGUUUCACAACUGGCUCAGUAGAAAGUAGCUGUAUUGUGAGGAUAUGUGAGGUCAUCAAUGGAAACAUAUCGAUGAUGUGCCAAGAUCUCUCUGUUCCAAGAAGCCCUUCCGUUUCUGAAACAACUCAAGAGCUCAAUAAUCUACAGCCAGGUGUCUAUGCGAUUGUAGGUGUCACAGUGAAUAGUAGUGGUGGGGAAAUGAUUCCUUUCACUAGUGGAGAUUUGAGGUUCCUUCAACUUCAGAACAUUGAAAUUGCAAUUGGACUACUGAGCUCUCCAACAACUCUCAAUAUUUCUAACUCUGAGGAAUCUACUCAGAGAUUGAGCUGGACACCACCGCCAACGCUAUACCUCACCGAUGUCAUCAGCCACUACAAUGUUUGCUCCUCAAUUUUGAAUGAGGUGUCUUGCAAUGAUGUCCAAGGAACAGAAUUAUCAUUUUUAAACAUCAGAAUUAGGAUUGAGUUUUCUGUUGCCGCAGUUAAUGUGGCUGGUGAAGGCAAUGCUAACACUAUCAAUCAUGAGCCUUGUGACUCUACAACAGCACCUAUUCAAGUUGAUGGAGAUCUUGUUACAAGUGAUAUCUCUCUGCAAUCUAGUGGGACUACUCCCUCUGUUACUUUCUCCUUUGGCAAAGGAGGUGGAGAUUCCAACUGUUUUAACCUGUAUCGGAUUGAAGCAUCACCCUCCAAUCAAGGCACCCCCCUAAUCCAGGGACCAAUGAUCCCAACAGUGAGUGAAGGGGAGAAUAUUUCUGUUAGUGUGACUUCUGGCCUUAUGAGAAACACGGUCUACAGCGUCAACAUUGUAUCAUUGAACGUCAAUGGAGAGAAUUCCUCGAUGGGAAACAUACAAUUCAGUGCCUAUGAUGUUCAGUCUAUUCAGAGUUCUAUUCGCUCUGGGACUAUAGCCGUCACAUGCAGUUUCACAAUUGGGUCAGUGGCAAGUAGUUGUAUUGUAAGGAUAUGUGAGGUUAUCAAUGGAAACGUAUCGAUGAUGUGCCAAGAUCUCCCUGUUCCGAGAAAUCUUUCCGCUUCUGAAACAACUCAAGAGCUCAAUGGUGUACAGCCAGGUGUCUAUGCGAUUGUAGGUGUCACAGUGAAUAGUGGUGGGGAAAUGAUUCCUUUCACUAGUGGAGAUUUGAGGUUCCUUCAACUUCAGAGCAUUGACUUCACAGGUGAACUGCUGAGCUCUCCAACACGUCUCAAUAUUUCCGACUCCGAGGAAUCUAUUCGAAGAUUGAGCUGGACACCACCACCAACACUAUACCUGAUCGGUAUCAUCAGCUACAAUGUUUGCUCUUCAAUCUUGAAUGAGGUGUCUUGCAAUGAUGUCCAAGGAACAGAAUUAUCAUUUUUAAACAUCAGAAUUGGGAUUGAGUUUUCUGUUGCCGCAGUUAAUGUGGUUGGUGAAGGCAAUGCUAGCACUAUCAAUCAUGAGCCUUGUGACUCUACAACAGCACCUACUCAAGUUGAUGGAGAUUUUGUUACAAGUGAUAUCUCUCUGCAAUCUAGUGGGACUACUCCCUCUGUUACUUUCUCCUUUGGAAAAGGAGGUGGAGAGUCCAAUUGUUUUAACCUGUAUCGGAUUGAAGCAUCACCGUCCAAUCAAGGCACUCCCCUAAUCCAGAAACCAAGGAUCCCAACAGUGAGUGGAGGGGAGGACAUUUCUGUCAGUGUGACUUCUGGCCUUGUGAGAAACACAGUCUACAGCGUCAACAUUGUAUCAGUGAACGUCAAUGGAGAGAAUUCUUCAGUGAAAGACAUACAAUUCAGUGCCUAUGAUGUUCAGUCUAUUCAAGGUAAUUCUCCUCGCCCUGGGGCAAUAGCCAUCACAUGUAGUUUCACAAUUGGAUCAGUAGCAAGUAGUUGUAUUGUGAGGAUAUGUGAGGUCGUCAAUGGAAACGUAUCAAUGAUGUGUCAAGAUCUGUCUGUUCCGAGAAAUCCUUCCUCUUCUGAAGCAACUCAAGAGCUUAAUAAUCUACAGCCAGGUGUCUAUGCGAUUGUAGGUGUCACAGUGAAUAGUAGUGUGGAAUUGAUUCCUUUCACUAGUGGAGAUUUAAUGUUCCUUCAGCUUCAGAACAUUAACGUUACAGAAGAAUCACCAACCACCCCCACAAUGGCUACUGAAGUCACAUCAGAUUCCAUUGGGGACUCUUCAGCCAAUGCGGGUAUAGCAGCUGGAGUUGUUGGAGGAAUCAUAGGUUUUGUUUGUAUUGGCUGCAUAUCCACAAUGGCUGUUGGAGCUAUCCUCAAAAUGAUAUCUUCUAAAAGAAGAGUGAAAAAACCAGUUGACGAAAAUAUAAAUCCUCAACUUCAUCCCAAUGAAGUGCACUUCAGUUAAGAAAUGAAGCGUAGGAUACAACAGGCAAACACACCCCCAUUUGUAUGACACUGCCAGCACAUAUACACAAUGUGUGCUGAAAUGAACAUUAUAAUCAAGCAUUGCAAAGUUCUUUCAGAUAUGUACGUCAUGUAGAUAUAAUUAUAUUUUACAUUGUAAUCUA